GUUGUUAUCCAGAUCGGCCCAUACAGCUGACUCCGCGACCACCCCAUUCCUCUUGCUCGUCCCCGUCCGAGUCGCCGGAAACGUCAACUCACCAGAAACCAGCGUGCCGCCGCCGCCGCUUCUGGAUCCCGCCCAGCCGCGGACCGGGGCGGCCAGGCGGAGGCCUCUCGGCUCCCCCGCCGAACGAUCCCGCUGAUGGGGAUGGUGGUUGAGACGGAGGAGUGGGUGCUCACCCCCCUCGCUUACCCGCUCCUCUCCGCCGCAUCACUCGCCGCCGUCCUCCUCCUCCCCCACUUCUCCCGGCCACACGCCGCCGUAGUCACCCCUUCCUCGCCCUCCCCCUUUGACGUGGGCACCACCCCCUUCCUCCGCUUCCGCCGCGCCUUCCUCCUCCUCUUCUGCCUUGCAUCCGUGGCGGAGGGGAUCCACUCGGUGUUCGGGGAGGAUGAGUUCGUGCGGUGCGGGUUCGGCAGGGAGCAGAUGGCCGCGCGCCUUGCCGCGGCCACGGCCGCGGUUCUCUUUCUCGGCGGUGCAUCUGGCGUUGUCUCCGACAAACUAGGACCACAGAAUGCUUGCAUAUUCUACUGGAUGCUUCAGCUUGCAGUGGGUGCCUUGAAGAGUUUCAGUGGGCUUCGUUGUGCAUGGGUCAACAAUUUCAUUUUGGCUCUUGCAUCCUCAAUGUUCUCCUUCUGUUUUGAGACAUGGAUUGUGCUGGAGCAUGAGAAGCAAGGCCAGAACCAAGAUUCGCUGUUUGAUACCUUCUGGCUGAUGACAUUCUUCGAAUCAAUAUCCCUUGUUGGAAGUCAAGGAAUCACAAACUUAUUGCUUGAUGAUGAUAACAAAGGAAUCUUGCUUCCGUAUACGUUUGCAGCCUUAGUGUCAGUAAUAGGAAUAUUGUAUAUCAGAAAAGCACCAAGUAUCAGUACCGCCCAUCAUGCAUCUGUCAUUGGAAGCUACCAAAAAUCAUUUUUUGCUCAUGUCCUCAGAGACAAAAGAGUGCUGAUUCUGGUCUUAGCUCAAGCAAGUGUCCAGUUCUCUGUAUCAGCCUUUUGGUUCCUCUGGGCACCAACGAUAGUGGCUGACGGAAGGGAUGCUCCUCUGUCACUAAUCUACCCAUGUUUCCUGGUCUCGAGAAUGCUUGGAAGUGCUGCUGUUCCAUGGUUUUAUGGAGCCAUGGCUCCUUUCCAGAACGAGGAUAGCCUGACAACAGCAUACAUUGCCGCUGGGCUUGCUUUGUCAGUUGUGGCUUAUGAUUAUCAGGAGAUUGGAACACUGGUGAUACUGUUCUGCAUCUUCCAUGCAUCCGUGGGCUUUAUUUUACCUUCGCUCGCAAGAUUUAGGACAAUGUACCUGCCAAAUGAACUACGUGGAGGCAUGAUGAGCUUUUCCCUAGCACUGGGAAAUGCACCUAUGUUCAUUUUCCUAAUACAGGGCGCCUACCAUGGGAACAUCGCAAAUUCAACCAUUCUAGGCCUUGCAGCCUGUGGCCUUUUGUCUGCUGGGGGCUGCAUUCAUAUGCUGCGGCGGUGGAGAAAACACACCCGCCAAAACGUGCGCAGUCUAUAGGAUGAUGAUAGACUACAAUACCGGCUUGGAAAGUGUUGUGUUUGUAGCAUGCUCAUUUUUCCUCGGCUUUUGACCACUGGAUCCCUCGGUUAAUUAGCAUUGUCUAUGCCCUGAUCAAUGGUGCAGCAUACCAGAAAGUAGGUGUAUGAUAUGUUUUCUCUGUGUUUAAAAGACACAUUGUUCAAAUCGACAACGACCGCAUCCUGUAGACACGGAAAUGUUAUGAUAGAAUCGUUUUUGUACUAGAACAUAUCCUUGAGCCUUGUAAAGACCACUGCAAAUCUUUCUUCUCUCUUAAUCUUUUCACCUAGUA